GCAGGAAGGGUUCUCUGCACACCCGGACUUAUACACCGCAUUACGGGAGAGAGGGGCACCAUGACUCCUGUGAGGACCCAGCACUCCUUGGCAGGUCAGAGCUACGCAGUGCCCCUCAUCCAGCCAGAUCUGCGGCGAGAGGAGGCCAUCCAGCAGGUGGCAGAUGCCCUGCAGUACCUACAGAAGGUCUCUGGAGACAUCUUUAGCAGAAUCUCCCAGCGUGUAGAGCUGAGCCGGAGCCAGCUGCAGGCCAUUGGGGAGAGGGUCUCCUUGGCCCAGGCCAAGAUCGAGAAGAUCAAGGGCAGCAAGAAGGCCAUCAAGGUAUUCUCUAGUGCCAAGUACCCAGCUCCAGAGCGCCUGCAGGAAUACAGUUCCAUCUUCACAGGUGCCCAGGACCCUGGCCUGCAGAGACGCCCUCGCCACAGGAUCCAGAGCAAGCACCGCCCCCUGGACGAGCGAGCCCUGCAGGAGAAGCUGAAAUACUUCCCUGUGUGUGUGAGCACCAGGCUGGAGCCUGAGGAUGAGGCCGAGGAGGGGCUCGGGGGUCUUCCCAGCAACAUCAGCUCCGUCAGCUCCCUGCUGCUCUUCAACACUACUGAGAACCUGUACAAGAAGUAUGUCUUCCUGGACCCCCUGGCUGGUGCUGUAACAAAGACACACGUGAUGCUGGGGGCAGAGACGGAGGAGAAGCUAUUUGACGCACCUCUGUCCAUCAGCAAGAGGGAGCAGCUGGAGCGGCAGGUUCUAGAGAACUACUUCUAUGUGCCAGACCUGGGCCAAGUGCCCGAGAUCGACGUGCCAUCGUACCUUCCCGACCUGCCUGGCAUCGCUGACGACCUCAUGUACAGUGCCGACCUGGGCCCCGGCAUUGCCCCGUCUGCCCCUGGCGCCAUUCCAGAGCUGCCCACCUUCCAUACAGAGGUAGCUGAGCCUUUCAAGCCAGACCUAGAAGAUGGGGUGCUGACAGCACCCCCACCACCGCCACCGCCCCCUCCACCUCCCCUGGCUCCUGCAGUGAUGGACAGUGGCCCCCCGCUCCCACCCCCGUCACAGACCGUGGCCUCUGCAGGCCAAGGCGCCGGGGAGGACAGCAGCGAUGGCAGCAUGUCUCCUGCAGCUCUAGUCCAGGGAGCUCCCAAGGAAGUGGUUGACCCCUCCAGCGGCCGGGCCACUCUACUGGAGUCCAUCCGCCAAGCUGGGGGCAUCGGCAAAGCCAAGCUGCGCAGCGUCAAGGAGCGCAAGCUGGAGAAGAAGAAACAGAAGGAGCAGGAACAAGUGAGAGCCACAAGCCAAGGUGGAGACCUGAUGUCAGAUCUCUUCAACAAGCUGGUCAUGAGGCGCAAAGGUAUCUCCGGGAAAGGACCUGGAACAGGGGCCAGCGAGGGGCCAGGAGGAGCCUUCGCCCGAAUGUCAGACUCCAUCCCGCCUCUGCCUCCCCCACAGCAGCCACCGGGAGAGGACGAGGAUGACUGGGAAUCCUAGGGGUCUCAGCACUCCUUCCUCCCCCAACCCAGACUUGGGCUGUGGCCCUGAGACAGACACAGCUGGGACAGCCCCCUUGGUGAGACAGGGAUGGUGCAGGACUGCCCUACGUCUGUGCUGGGCCUUCUUCAGGGAGCGGGUAGGUUGCAUGAAACCAUAAGUGUGGGGUGGGAGGGGCUCGCUCUCCACCUGUGCCCCACC